GCUAAGAUGCUGUUGCAAGCUGUUCUCUUGGCCUCCCUCUGUCUCUGGACCAUCCACCAGACCAAGGCAAGACCUUCCAACACCCAUGAGUUCAACAAGGGAUUGGAGUGGUUGACCCGCUAUGGCUACCUCCCUCAGCCAGAUCCUAGGGCAGCCCGCCUUCAAAGCAAAGAGGAACUGGCCAGUGCCAUCAAAACAAUGCAAAGGUUUGCAGGGCUCCCCACCACUGGAGAGCUGGACCAGAAGACUUUGGACAUGAUGAACCAACCUCGCUGCUCCCUUCCUGAUAUUAUUGGCACUUCAGAGCUGAUGCGUCGCCGACGGAGGAAAAAACGUUACGCUCUCAGUGAUAGUCUCUGGAAAAAGACAGAUCUGACAUGGCAUGUUCACUCAUUCCCCCGAUCCUCUCAGCUAUCUGAAGCUCAUGUCCGAAAUCUUCUUUUUUAUGCCUUCCGGGCCUGGAGCAAUUCCUCAGCCUUGACCUUCCGUGAGGUGUCUUCUGAACAGGCUGACAUCCUGGUGGAUUUCACCCAUUCAUAUCACCAAGACAGUUAUCCCUUUGAUGGGCCCGGUGGCACGCUGGCCCACGCCUUCUUUCCUGGUGAACACCCCAUUUCUGGCGACACUCAUUUCGACUAUGAAGAGACCUGGAUUUACGACCCAGGGAAUGAAAUGUCAGGUCGUGGCACAGAUCUCUUUGCUGUAGCUGUACAUGAAUUUGGCCAUGCCUUGGGGUUGGCUCAUUCUUCUGCCAAGGAGUCCAUUAUGAUUCCAUAUUACCAGGGCCCUGUUGGGUUGCCCCACCUGUACCAGCUCCCAUUGGAUGACGUCAUGGGAAUAGAACAACUCUAUGGAAAGCGCCAAUCAGGUUCCAACCCAGAUCAAGGUAAUCCAGGUUUGCCAGCCCCCACAGCCCACCCCUUCCCUGACUUGCCGCCAUACAGACCCACACAUGGGCCACACCUGCCAUCACCAGAUCGUUGUAAGGUCCAUUUUGAUGCCAUUGCUAACAUCCGAGGGGAAGUUUUUUUCUUCAAACAGAAACAUUUCUGGAGGAUGCAACCAACCCAGCACUUGGUUUCACUGGACCCAGCACAGACCCUUCGCUUCUGGAAUGGACUUCCCCAAGACUUCCAAGCCAUUGAUGCUGUGUAUGAACGCGCCAACGAUAGCCAAAUUGUGUUCUUCAUAGGGUCCUACUACUGGGUUUUCACAGAUACUCAGGUCAAUCCAGGCUACCCUCGUCCCACAUCGGAUCUUGGCCUCCCUCCUGGCACUGUUAUUGGUGCUGUAUUUGUGUGGCCUCACAAUGGGAAAACAUACCUCAUAGAAAAGGAUCGAUACUGGCGCUACGAUGAUCAGUUGGGCCAUGUGGAACUAGGGUACCCCAAACCUGUUACCCUCUGGAAAGGGGUACCUACAGAUCUGGAUGAUGUCACACGCUGGAACGAUGGCAAUACGUAUUUCUUCAAAGAUACUCAGUACUGGCGUUUCACAGGUGGGAGCGUGGAGUCAGAUGCUGGCUACCCGCGCUCCACUGCCCAUGACUGGAUGCACUGCCAGGUUCCCGAGGCUUCUUCCCCUCCAGCGCCAAGGCAUGGGGAAGGUGGGAUGUGCAUCUGUGCGGGGGCUGCUCGGAAAGUAGCACCCCUCCUAACUUGGAUCAUCAUUUUUAUCUGGGCCAUAUGCUGACCCCUUGGCCAGUGACAAAACAGUGCACUUUAUAUAGCCAAAGGAAAGGACCCAUUGGCAAGGGAAGACAGCCAUCUCAGGAUCAGACUCUGAGCAACUGCUUUCCCUUGAUUUGGUUCCUCUUAAAAUUACAUGGUGCUCUCAGAAAACCUCCCUUUCCAAUCACCCUUUGCAUCUUCUCUCCUCUAGUUUUGGAAUUAAUUGUCUAACUAACUGUGGAACUUAGGUGCUGAGUUUUUAGGUUAUCACUCACAGAUAAGCUGCCCCUUAGUGCCAGGGAUGUGGCAAGUCUGAUUUCUCAGGGGUGAAGGAAAUGUACUCUGCACAUGCUCAGAGGUCUCUUUUUUAUUGAUUCACACACUUGGCGGUUUUAUGUAAAGUCACAUCAAGCUCACCCCUACCCUACCCUUCCCAAAUUCUCCAUCUAGCAUUACCUGUCCCAGCUGAUAAUACAUCUUCCCCUUCCUUUCUCUCACUUGGAGGCAUGAUGACAAAGGCCUGGCUCCAAAGUGUGAUUGUCAAUGGAGAAGAUACUUCUUGGUAAAGCAUCCCAUCCUUAUGUGCACCCCACCAGAGUUUUCAGCACAAAAGGUGAGAGGGAAGUGGGACAUUCCCUCUUACUGUAUAAGUAUACUGCCCAUGUGCUCACCCCUCUACAACUGAAAUUAUGUGUGUCUGUCUGAAAGGGAAUGUGGUAUUAGGUGCAUUUAAAAAAUGGAGCUGCAGAACAUACGUUAGAAAACAUUCAGCGGCUUGCCAGAGCUGCCUUCCAGAAGAAACAACAAGGGCGAUGGAUUAACUUUGGUCAUUUAAAGCAGGGGAGGAAUGGUGGAUAGGAUGUGCAUUGCCUUCUUUUUUUAUAAUAAAAUCCAAAUGGAAACAGC